AUGGAAAUAAUAGAUGAAAGAAAAGUGAAGGAAACGAGAGGAGAAAUAGUUGCUGAUGAUGAUGAUAAUGAUCGCAAGAUAAGUCAAGAUUCAAUAUUUCCAAAACUGGAACAUCUUCGUAUUGAACAGUGUCAUGGAUUAAAAUGUAUAUUCCCGUUUCUCUCUAUUCAGGUUCUUCCGGCACUGGAAUCUUUCUCAAUAUCUGAUUGUGAGAAGCUGCAAUACAUAUUUGGCCAUGAUUCAAUAAAUAAUUUUCUAAAAUGUGAUGUUACCAAGCCAGGAAAACAAUUAGAACCUUUGAAAUGCAGUACCUUUAAAAUCCCAUUGGUUUAUGAAGAUCAACAGCAGUUUAAGCAAGAAUUGAGUGGGAACAUCGAUCAUUUUUUUGGUUUGAAAAGUCUCAAGCUAUAUGAUUGCAAAGUAGAAAAUAUAUAUUUUCUCAAUGAAGAAUUACAUGAACAACAAAUGAACUUAUGUUUGGAGUGCAUUGCGUUGCAGGAUAUGCCUUCGAAGAGUACGAGCCUUUUGGAGAAUUCAUUUUCCCUCAAUCACCUUACAGUGAUAAAAAUCUUGCAAUGCGAAAAAUUGGAAAAUGUGUUUUCCACAUCUAUAUUAAGAUGCCUACCACAAUUGGUUGCUCUAAAAAUAGUAGAAUGCAAAGAGUUGAAGCAUAUUAUUGAAGAUGAUUUGGAGAAUGACAAAUCCAUAAAUUUUGAGUCUACAAACACAUACUUUCCAAAGCUAGAAAUACUUAUUGUAGGAAACUGCAACAAACUCAAAUGUGUCUUUCCGACCUCCAUAUGUAAAGAGCUUCCAAGGCUAAAAGUUCUGAUGAUAAGAGAAGUAUAUGAGCUGCAAGAUAUAUUCAAAACUGAAGGUGAUGAUCAGAAACUCGAGAUUCCAAAUCUGGAAGUUAUAGCAUUUAUCAAUCUGCCAAACCUCUCCGAUGCUCAAUAAGCUCUUGAGGCCGUAAAUUAUCGUUUUCUACAUAGUUGUCAUAAUUUCUCUCUGACUUCAGCAUCAAAAUCGGAUGACAUAGAUGACAUUGAUGACAUUAUUGGUUUUGUUCAAAGCAUAGGUACACACUAUAUCAAUAUUUCUCAAGACAUUAUUAAUUUGUGCUUGAAAGUAGACAUUUUGAUUUGUGAUUAUGAUUAUGAGUUAUAUUAUGAAUAUGAGUUGGUUUCCCUUGUAAUGGCCCAAUUCUCUUCCAAAUUCCAUUAUGAAUGCUAUAUAGAAUUGAAGAUUCAAUUGGGACCAUUAAUAAGCGAUUUCACCUGCAAUGGAAAACCAUUAAUAAGUUCAAAAGUCACUCAAGAAUCUGCCGUUGGGGUUGAAGCUGAAGCAGCAUCAGAAUCAGGAAGUAUAUUGACUUCGUCACAGCCACAGGGUGUCGAGAUAAGUACCGAAGAUGGAAUUACAUCAACUAAUGUUAAGACUUUAACAUCCUCAACCCAUUCAAAAUCAAACAGUUCAUCAUCACCUCAUUUAGAAUUAGUCAGUUCAUCAUUUGAUCCAUCUUCACAGAAAGAUGGUGAUUGCCAAAUAGCCACGACGGAGACCAAUGAUGAAGUUUCUCUAAAAGCUGCCGCUUCCAUGAAAGAAAGCUCAAACAUUGAGGAACAGUUUCCUAAGGAAGAUAAAAUAAUAGUUUUCGAAUCUAAACCCUCUUCUAGUAUCACAUCUCCAAUAGCAUCUCAGUUUCCUUCAAGGUCUUUCAAAGGGGACCUUUUUGAAAUAGUAGAAGAUUUAAGUUCUCCUUUUCUUGUCACAAGGGAGCUCGAACAACUAGUCUCCAUGAAGCAUUUGGAUUAUGGGAACUUGUCUGUAUUAACUGAUUUUCUUGUUAAGCAUCCUUCUGUUCUUUUAAACAACACUUCACUUAGUAACAGAUACAAGGGUUAUGCCUACAACUAUCUAGCCGAGCUAUUGAAAUUCCUCCAAACCCAUAGUAUGUGGUAA